GAUUGUAUGUGAGAGUGAUGGAGGGACCAGGACGGACCGGCUCUGACUGACCCGGAGCAGCAUGCGGGACCCGCGGAGCUGGACCCCCGGGUUCGGCCCUGCGGAGCGCGGGAAACCGGCCACAUACACCGGAGAGAAGAAGGCCAAGUGGGUCGCCAAGUCCAACAAGAAGUGGGUGAGACUGGCCACGGUGGUGGUCUACGUCCUGUCCGUGUCUCUGGCUGCUGUCAUCCUGGCGAUCUACUACAGCCUCAUCUGGAGACCGACCACCGGGACCGGGACCGGGACCGAUCACAUUACAGCUGCUCAGAGAAAUAAUCUAAAUAUGUCUAAAUUUGAUUAUUGUAGAAAUAAGACUCUAAAUAUUCAAACCAAAGUCAGCAAUAAUGAUUCAGUUCAAAUCUAUAAUCGAACAAUUAAAGCAGAAAACUUGAAUCAAACUCUAAUAAAUCCUAAUAAAGCGGAUAGAACCGGGUCUCCUCCCUCCACCGGGUCAUCGGACCCUCCUCAGGCCGGGCAGGACGCCUCUUUCUCGGCUCUGAGCACCGCAGAACCUCCCGCUGUGACCGCGGAGGAUCCGUCCAACCUGCCGACCCACCGCACCGCAGCAGGCCGGGAUCAGGAGGCUGAUGUCGGCCGGAUGGAGGCGGGCUCCUCCGGGUCCGGGACGGAGGACGGAUCAGAGACUCUUUAACCCAUAUCUGUGUUGUUCUGGAUGUUUAUUCA